UUGUAGAAACAGUACGACGCUGGCGCUGAAAGCUGAGUUGGGGCUCUAAGGUCCCAGCAUCCCCUUCGCGCCUCCGCCAAGAUGGCAGCGCCCAUGUUGCGGCGCGUUUCCCGCGGCCGGUGGCUUGGUACCCCAGGCCAGUCAGGAGUCUUGCCACUAGGGCUCCGUAAGGCCCACUCGGGCGCUCAGGGGUUGCUGGCGGUGCAGAAGGCUCGGGGUCUAUUCAAGGAAUUCUUCCCUGAAAGGGGUACAAAGACAGAGCUCCCAGAGCUCUUCGACCGUGGCUUGGCGGGCAACGUUCCUCAGACCAUCUAUUGCGGUUUCGACCCCACAGCUGACUCGCUUCAUGUGGGGCAUCUGCUGGCGCUUUUGGGCCUGUUUCAUUUCCAGCGAGCCGGCCACAAUGUGAUUGCGCUGGUGGGAGGUGCCACGGCGCGCCUGGGAGACCCCAGCGGCCGCACCAAGGAGCGGGAGGCGCUGGACGCCGAGCGCGUGCAAAGCAACGCGCUCGCCUUGCGCCAGGGACUACAAGCCCUGGCGGCUAAUCACCAGCAGCUUUUCACUAACGGGCGAAGCUGGGGCAGCUUCACGGUGCUGGAUAACUCGGCCUGGUACCAGAAGCAGCACCUAGUGGACUUCUUGGCGACCGUGGGCGGCCACUUUCGCAUGGGCACGCUGCUUAGCCGGCUGAGCGUGCAAAGCCGGCUCAAGAGCCCCGAAGGCAUGAGUUUGGCCGAGUUUUUAUACCAGGUGCUCCAAGCCUACGAUUUCUACUAUCUGUUCCAGCAUUAUGGAUGCCGGGUCCAGCUGGGUGGAGCUGAUCAGCUGGGCAAUAUCAUGUCCGGUUACGAGUUCAUCCACAAGGUGACUGGAGAAGAUGUAUUUGGCAUCUCCGUUCCUCUGAUUACAAGUACAACUGGAGCAAAACUGGGAAAGUCUGCUGGCAAUGCUGUUUGGCUAAACAGAGAGAAGACAUCUCCGUUUGAAUUGUAUCAAUUUUUUGUCAGGCUGCAAGAUAAUUUGGUAGAAAGGUACCUGAAGCUCUUCACUUUUCUACCCCUUCCAGAGAUUGACCACAUAAUGCAACUGCAUGUCAAAGAGCCAGAAAAGCGGGGUCCCCAGAAACGACUUGCUGCAGAAGUAACAAAGCUUGUUCAUGGACAAGAAGGGCUAGACUCUGCUAAAAGGUGUACACAAGCCCUUUAUCAUAGCAGCAUAGACGCACUGGAGGUCAUGUCUGAUCAAGAGUUAAAAGAGUUGUUUAAAGAAGCUUCAUUUUCUGAAUUAGUACUUGAUCCUGGAACAAGCGUCCUAGAUACGUGCCGCAAAGCAAAUGCCAUUCCAGAUGGCCCCCGAGGGUAUCGGAUGAUAACAGAAGGUGGAGUCAGUAUUAAUCACAGACAAGUAACAAAUCCUGAGAGUGUUUUAGUUGUUGGACAACAUAUUCUUAAGAAUGGACUUUCAUUACUUAAAAUAGGAAAAAGGAAUUUCUACAUUAUAAAAUGGCUUCAGCUAUGAUGAAAAAUCCUUCUGGUGGUUCAAACUUAUCCAUCAUUCAUUCUCAAGACCUACAUAUCUAUACCUUCACUUAUGCAAAUCAAAAACAGAGAAUGGAGUAUACUCUGGGCCUCUCACAGUGUGAGUAAUUUCAUUAUUUAUAUAGGUUAUGUUUGUGUAACAAUGGGGUAUUUUAUUUCAUCUUUAAACUUCAACAACUACCACAGAAAAACAUGAUUUACGGGGUUAAUCUCUUUUAAUAAUUAUACUUCAUGAAAAACUAAAUGCUGUCUGUCCUAUCCUACCCUUCUUGCUCUCUUGGAAAUGUGGAGGAACAGUGAAAAAGAGGUAGUAUAAGGAAUUGUGGAUACUUUUCAAUCAGGUGUAUAUCUCACUGGAUUUUGUUGUUGUUUAGGAAGCAACUACAGUUCUCCAUAAAACAGAAAAGUUAGAGGAAGCCACAGUUGGCAUUUAAAAAUUACAGUAGAAAUAAUUUCAAAGCGAAGAAUCAAUACUUUUCAUUAAGUUUCUAAUUUAAUUUUCCAGUCCCUUGCCUGUUUCCACAUAAUUUAGUUUACCCAUAGCCUUGUUUUUUGUACUCAGCGAAAAAGGUAGCAAUGUCCUAUAAAUUUAUCAACUUUUAUAUUAAAUUUCAACUUCUGUCCAGCAGAUAGCAACUUGAGAUGAACCAAAAAGUUAAGUAACCAACAAGAUAAAAUAGAGAUGAAUACACUAAAUAUCCAGUCAUAUGGGAGUAUCAACAGGUUUUCUUGUAAAGGAAGUUUUUAGGUCAAAUUUCAGGUCAAAAUUUAUAAUGUGAUUAUAUUCUAAACGCAUUUUAGAAGAUUUGGAGUCAAGACUUGGUUAAAUUAAUCUCUGUAUUAGGCAGAGAACUCCAGAUUCUCCAGAGCUAUUUCUAACAUCUAAAAAAUCAAGGUAAUAGCACCCCUAUUUCCCAUGACGAUCAAGUGAAAAACAAACAUAUACACAAUCAGAUUUGUUCUAGAAAAUCUUAUCGGCAGCAAAGCACAGCUUUAGAGUUCAAACUCUAGCUAUUUGCUACCUGGGUUACUUAGAGAAAUUCAUUAUCUUCAUGCAAAAUGGAGAUAUAAUAAUGCCUCAGUCAGUUACUAAAAUCUAAAAGGAAAAAGGUCAUAAAACUUUCAUACAGCUAUAAGCUGUCUUGCUAUGUUUCAAAGUAGAUUUAUUUGUUGAAAAUAUAUGGUUUAUCUAAACCUUCUUCUGGGAAUAAAGUCAGGAAAAAUUAAUUUAUUGACAAACUCUAAUGUCACUUCAUACCAGCAAUUUUAUUUACAUAGUAAGAACAUACAAGUAUCCAUUAUAAAUGUCAGAGAUCAUUUCUACAUUUCAGAACUUCACUCAGUUUGAGGGACAACAAAAGGAGAUUUUCUCUUUUCAUACCUAUUUUGCCUUUGUUUUUCUUAUACAUGGUGUGUAGUACUAGCAAGUGCAUUACCAUAGCAGGUAAUGUUUUCAGUCUGAAAUUUGCUGGAGAAAGGUGCAUUCUAAGUACCCCCCCCCUUACAAAUUAAAAAAGCUAGAAUAGAAUGGUAGUCAUCUGGUCUGAAAUAAAUAAAUCAUGGAUGGCUAUAAUUUCAAAACUGAUGUUUAAUGAUGGUAGAGUAAUUUUAAAGUGUUCUGACAAACUUUUGGAAGCAUGUAUUCUAUGAAGAUGGUUCUGCCAACAGAUUCAAAGUAGUACCAUAUCAAUAUUAGUCUGACUAUGGUUUGAGAUCAGUUGCUGAGCCUGUUGCUUAGUAAAUGGGUGCCAUUAAUUAAAGGUAACAGACAUAUUCAUAUUGUUCCUGCCAGUAGUCCUGCAUAAAUGUCACAACUUAAAAAUACGUUUUAAUAUCUGCAAUAUAUAAUUUAUCUUAAAAUUUAUAAUGUAAUUCAUAUAAGAAUCACCUGGGGAAUUUUAGUAAAAUGUGUUUAUAUUCUAAAUUUUACUCUCAACCCCCUGAAAGCCUUUAGGAGUUAUAUGUGUGUGUUUGGAUGUUUUUCUUUACAUAAUAAAGCUCCACUGUUAUUUUUAUACCUCUA